AUGGCGCAGGACGAGAAGAAGCCCACCGCUGCAGACAAGGGUAAAGGCAAGGCGGAGGAUGUACCAAUGUCAAACGGUGAUGCAACGGAACACGGAGAUAAGAAGAAGGCAGAUGGGAAGCAUGACGAGCCUGCGGUUGAAGAGCUGAGUGAAGAAGAUCAACAACUCAAGAGCGAUCUCGAAAUGCUGGUUGAAAGAUUAAAGGAAGAUGAUGCCUCGCUCUAUAAGCCUUCAAUUGACGCCAUCAAAAACUUCAUCAAAACAUCGACCUCCUCCAUGACAGCCGUCCCAAAACCUCUCAAGUUCCUCCGCCCUCAUUACGAUGAGAUUGCUGCCCUUUACGACAAAUGGCCUGCUGGUCCCGACAGGGAUUCUCUCGCCGAUAUGCUGUCGGUGCUCGGUAUGACAUAUGGAGAAGAGGACAAACUGGAGACUUUGAAAUACAGAUUGUUGUCAAAUAAAUCGGACGAUCUGGGGUCGUGGGGCCAUGAAUACAUCAGACAUCUCGCACUGGAGAUUGGCCAGGAAUACCAGAAUCGCUUGACUGACGAACGAGAGGUCGGCGACCUGACGGAGCUUGCCCUUUCCUUGGUGCCGUAUUUCUUGAGCCACAAUGCAGAAGCGGAUGCUGUGGAUCUAUUGAGCGAGCUCGAGAUGAUUGAAGAGAUCCCUCGGUUUUUGGAUGAAAAUACCUUUGCGCGGGUCUGUCUGUACAUGGUCAGCAUGGUCAAUCUUCUCAUGUACCCCGACGACGUUGCCUUCCUCAAAACUGCACACGAUAUCUACGUCAAAUACAACAAACUCGCCCAGGCCAUGGUGUUGGCAAUCAGAUUGAAUGACCACGAACUCAUACGACAAGACUUGGAAUCAACAGAUGAUGUUGCAUUGAAGAAACAGCUGGCAUUCCUGAUUGCUCGGCAGAGAAUAUCAAUAGACGUCCCAUCCGAGACGAAGGACGAACAAGAGAUCGCCGAGUGCCUUGGAAACACUCAACUACCUAAUCAUUUCAAGACCCUCGCAAAAGAAUUGAACAUCCUGGAGCCGAAGGUGCCGGAAGACAUCUACAAGACACAUUUGGAAAGCGGCCGGGGGAGUUCGGCUGCUGCAGAUUCGGCUAAACACAACCUGGCGAGCGCAUUCGUCAAUGCCUUUGUCAAUGCAGGGUUUGGCACAGACAAACUGAUGUUGGUAGAAGGUGACCAACGACCAUGGGUGUGGAAAACCAAGGAUGACGGCAUGCUCUCCACCACGGCAUCAUUGGGCAUGCUCAUGCAAUGGGACGUAGAAGGCAGCUUAGACAUCAUCGACCGAUUCCAACAAUCGUCAGAAGACGCAAUCAAAGCUGGUGCACUUCUCGCGUAUGGCAUCGUCAACUCAGGUGUCCGAAUGGAGGGUGACCCUGUCAUUUCACUUUUGAGCGACGACGAUGUUCUUCAGAGUCCGAAACCCUCGACAAGAAUGGCUGCCAUCAUGGGUCUGGGACUGUCUUAUGCGGGCUCGAACCGAGAAGAUCUGCUGGAUUUCUUGCUACCCAUCGUUGAGGACAGUGGCUCGGAGAUACAAUUGUCUGCCAUGGCUGCUGUGUCUCUGGGAAUGAUUUUCGUUGGUUCGUCCAAUCAUCAAGUCGCCGAAGCGAUAGCAACCCAGAUGAUGGAUGACGACCGGCAGAAGCAGCUCAAGGAUAAGUGGGCGAGGUUCAUGGCUCUUGGGUUGGCGCUCCUCUACUUUGGCCGACAAGAGGAAGUCGACGUCAUCCUGGACAUUUUGAAGGCAGUUGAGCAUCCCAUGGCGAUGCCAACAGCAACUCUUGCAUCUGUUUGCGCCUGGGCUGGAACUGGAGCCGUGCUUAAGCUGCAGGAGCUUCUCCAUAUCUGCAACGAUCACAUUGAAGACAAGGAGGAGACGAUAGGAGAGCAACUCGUGCAGUCUUAUGCUGUUCUCGGCCUGUCCUUGAUUGCCAUGGGCGAAGAUGUUGGGCAGGAGAUGGUGCUACGCCAGUUUGGUCAUCUAAUGCAUUACGGAGAGGCCAAUAUUCGGAAAGCUGUGCCGCUCGCCAUGGGCCUGAUUAGUCCCAGUAACCCCCAAAUGAAGAUCUAUGACACCUUAUCGAGGUACAGCCACGACAAUGACAACGACGUUGCUGUCAAUGCCAUUUUCGCGAUGGGUCUGGUGGGAGCAGGCACGAACAAUGCUCGUCUUGCGCAGCUACUACGGCAGCUUGCCAGCUACUAUCAUCGAGAUCAGAACUCGCUGUUCAUGGUCCGAAUCGCUCAAGGUUUGCUUCAUAUGGGCAAGGGCACCAUGUCUCUGAACCCCUUCCAUACCGAUCGACAAGUUCUGUCGAGAGUAGCUGCGGCGGGUCUCCUGACGGUACUUGUCUCUCUCGUCGACUCGAAACAGUUCAUUCUUGCCGACUCACACUACCUUCUCUACUUCUUAGUUACAGCAAUGUAUCCAAGAUUUCUGGUGACAUUGGACGAAGAGCUGAAACCGCUUACGGUCAACGUGCGUGUCGGUCAAGCGGUGGAUGUCGUGGGGCAAGCCGGACGGCCACGAACCAUUACAGGCUGGCAGACUCAGAGUACACCGGUGCUGUUGGCAUAUGGUGAGCGAGCCGAGCUGGAAGACGAAGAAUACAUCUGUUUGAGCAGCACGUUGGAAGGACUGGUCAUCUUGCGCAAGAAUCCGGAAUGGGAGGCCACAAAAUAG